GGGAACCUUUACCGGCACGUAAAACCAGCAACUCGCCCGGCGGAACCCGGUACCCGAGAAGAUUUUUUUUUCCCCCCUCAAAGCAGAAAGAGGACGGAGGAAACUAAUUAGAUUUCGAGAACCCCCUUCUCCCUCCCUUUUCUUUCGUGCCUCCUCUCGCUCCCCCUCAAGAAGUUUCCCGACCGUCCAUGCGAUAGAUCUCUGGCGAUGGACGCCGAUGGGGCCGGAUCCGACGGCUCCUGUUACUACUCCCUCCUUGGAAUUCGGAGAAACGCCUCUUCCUCCGAUGUCCGCGCCGCCUAUCGCAAGCAAGCCCUGAAAUGGCAUCCGGACCGGUGGGCGAAGGACCCGGCGGCGAUGGGGGAAGCAAAGCGGCGGUUCCAGCGGAUCCAGCAGGCGUAUUCCGUUCUUUCCGACAAGGGCAAGCGCGCCAUGUACGACGCGGGACUCUACGACCCCUUCGAAGAGGACGACCAGGAUUUCACUGAUUUCAUGCAAGAGAUGCUAGCGAUGAUGGACAGCGUGAAAACGGAGAAGCCGGAUAGCUUGGAGGACCUGCAGAAGAUGCUGGCGGAUAUAGCGAACGGCGACGGCGGGACCACCAGAUUCGGUGGCGCUCAGCGCCGUGGGCCGUUCGAUGCCUCCACUAGGACGCGUGUCCCCCCGCGUCCCGCGAUGCGGCGCUGAUCCUUGUUUGGGUCUGGUGACGGCUGACGGUGUGCUUAAUUUAAUAAUAAAAUUGUUGAGCUGGUCAUUUUAAUUUAAUUUACAUUGUCUAGUCUUUCUUUAUUCUCGUGUGUUAAUUCGACAAUUCUGGAAUGUCUGAUCUUAAUGUCUUUAAAAUUUUAACUGAAAUCCAUGUUUUCAGUUUUUUAUA